AUGGGCAAUGCUGUGUGGACUACAGCAAAACCUGAUUCGAGUGCACCAUCUCCGGCCGCUGUGGACUGCAGUGAAUUAAUAUUUGACAUGUUGGAUUGCAUGUCUUUCCUAAACAACGGUCCAUCUGAUCCGAAACCUUCCCCUUCAUGUUGCACGGGGUUUGAAACCGUGAUAGAUGCUGAUGCUGAAUGUGUGUGCGAAGGUUUGAAAAAUGCUGCUAGUAUGGGUCUUAGUGUCAAUAUUACAAAAGCUGCAAUAUUACCCUCACUUUGCCAUGUUUCUGCUCCAUCCAUAAGCACUUGCAAUAUGUCGAUUGCUCCCACACCAUCUAAUCCUAUACCAUCACCUUCUACACCAUCUCCUGGUAUGUUUUACACCAUCUCCUGGCAUGUUCUGGUAUGUAAAAUAUAG